UAUGGGAGGGAGGGGCGGGGCCGUCGGGCUCGGUGCGUGCGCAGCCGGACGUGGGGCGGUUGGUGGGCUCCGUCGUCGGUUUCUAGUGCCCUGCAGCAGCAGCCGCUUAACCCCAACCCUGGACCCUUCCGAGUUUAAGCCCACCCCGCUCCGGGUGCCCCGGACCUUAGGGUUCAGGAGGGGUGAGUCAGAAUUCAGCCGACUUUACCAUGGCGGCUACCGAGCACCGCAACGGCCAUUUCCCAUGAUUGAUGAGAACAAUGAUGUCAGCGAGGAGGCCUUGAGCGCUGACAUUAAGAAACUGAAGGAGAAGCAUGACAUGCUGGACAAGGAGAUCUCCCAGUUAAUAGCAGAGGGCUACCGUGUGAUUGAGCUAGAGAAGCACAUCUCCCUCCUCCAUGAGUACAAUGACAUCAAGGAUGUAUCGCAGAUGCUGCUGGGGAAGCUGGCUGUGACUCGAGGUGUUACCACCAAGGAGUUAUAUCCAGAUUUUGAUCUAAACCUGAAUGACUGAGCAACUUCUUGGAGAUUUUCAUCUACAGCCCAUAGGGACAGGAGGAUGGGGGCAUAAAAGGCAGAGUCCAGACAGCAUAUUCAUGUGGUUUUCAGAUUUUAAAAGAUGCUAGAAGCCCCCCAAAGUUUGGGGUGGGUCCUAGAGAAGAGGGGUAUUGGGAAGGGUGGGUAUUGUCAGUGUUAAGGUUGCGAGUGGGUGUGUGUGGCUGUCCCUUUUGUUAAUAAACAUAUGAGCAGUC